AUGCCACAACCUUUAUCUUCGAAAGAGUCCUCACUCUUUAGGACUGUAGUUCGAAAUUAUGAAGAGAAGUUUUACAAGAAGGGUCUGAAAGCUGCCGACCAGAUUCUAAAAAAGAAUCCUAAACAUGGAGAUACCCUGGCCAUGAAAGCUUUAAUUCUAAACUCUCAAGGCAAAUCCGAAGAAGCUUUUGCGCUUGCGAAAGUUGCCCUCCAAUGCGACUUCAAAUCACACGUCUGCUGGCAUGUUUACGGGCUGCUCUACCGCGCCGCGAAAAACUUUGAGGAAGCUAUCAAAGCAUACAAAUUUGCCCUGAAAUUAGAACCAGACUCCCAGCAGAUUCAGAGAGAUUUGGCACUUUUACAAGUACAAAUGCGCGAUUAUUCGGGUUACCUUGUCAGUCGCAGAGCUAUGCUAGCUGCUAGAUCUACUACUCGACCAAGCUGGACUGCGUUAGCUGUAGCACUUCAUCUCAAUGGCGAAUUAGCAGAAGCGGAACAAGUCAUGACCACUUAUGAGGAAACCUUGAAAAAUCCACCAUCCAAAAUCGAUUUCGAGAACUCGGAAGCUAUCAUGUACAAGAACUCGUUGAUCGCAGAACAGGGUGACUUUAAGAGAGCUUUGGAACAUCUCGAAUCGGAUGGAAAACACAAUCUUGACCGGCUGGCUGUGAUGGAGCUAAAAGCAAAAUAUUUGUUCGAGCUUGGGCGAAAAGAGGAAGCUGUAAAGGCAUAUCGUGCGCUGGUGGAUCGCAACCAGGAAUACAAGACCUACUAUGAUUCCUUGAUCCAGGCUAUGGAGAUCGAUCCAACCGAUUUUAAGGCUCGGAAAGCUGUCUACGAUGAAUAUGCAGAGAAAUACCCACGAUGUGACGCUGCGCGCCGAUUACCGUUGGACUUCUUAGAGGGCGAAGAGUUCAGGGAGCUCGCAGACAAGUACAUUCAUCGUAUGUUGGAUAAGGGGGUACCAUCUACAUUUGCAAACCUAAAGCAUUUGUACGCCAAUGCCUCCAAGAAGGAAGUCUUACCGUCUGUUGUCCAGCAAUAUAUUGAGAGUGGAAAGAGCGAAGAUAGUUCGGAGCCAAAAAGGAAUGGUGACACAUCCAAGGGCAAUUCUUCAGCUUACUACUUCCUCGCACAACACUACAACUACUAUUUGAGCCGCGAUCUUGACCAAGCUUUAGAGUACAUUGAAAAGGCAAUUGAAUUAGAACCCAAGAGCGUAGACUUCCACAUGACAAAGGCACGUAUUUUUAAGCAUCAAGGAAAUACCCAGAAAGCUUCUGAGAUCAUGGAGGAAGCUCGCAGUCUCGACACUAGAGAUCGUCAUAUCAACACCAAGGCCGCCAAAUAUCAGCUCAGAAAUGAUGAAAACGAAAACGCUCUCAAGACUAUGGGUAUGUUUACAAGACUUGAGACUGUUGGAGGGCCGCUAGCAGAUCUUCAUGAUAUGCAAUGCGUCUGGUUUUUAACGGAAGAUGGAGAAUCUUAUGCUCGCCAAGACAAAAUUGGCUUGGCUCUCAAGCGAUUCACAGCAGUAUACAACAUUUUUGACGUCUGGUAUGAAGAUCAAUUUGAUUUCCAUUCUUUCUUCUUACGUAAGGGUCAAAUCAGAGCUUACGUAGAUAUGAUGAGGUGGGAGGAUAAAAUCAGAGAACACCCCUUUUAUAGCCGAGCGGCUCUUUCGGCAAUCAAAGUCUACCUCUCGCUACAUGACAAACCGGCAUCAAACGGCGUCAAUGGAAACACGAAUGAAUCUGAAGAAGAUGCUCUUGAGCGUAAAAAGGCAGCAAAGAAGGCGAGAAAGGAAGCGGAGCGCCUUGAAAAGGAAGCCCUGGCUAGGAAGAAUGAACCAAAUAAGCCGGUAAAGGAUCAAGAUGGCGAAAUAAAGAAGAAGGAUGAUGAUCCUAAUGGCGAGAAAUUGGAGGCGACUGCGGAACCAUUAGGGGAUGCGAUGAAGUUCUUGAGUCCUUUACUUCAAUUCAGUCCUAAGAAUAUUGAUGCGCAAAUUCUUGGGUUUGAGGUGUUUAUGCGUAGAAAAAAGUACCUCCUCGCACUCAAAUGUCUGAUCGCAGCCUCAACUCUCGACACCGAACACGAAAAAGUGAGCGAACAGAAGAUUCGCUUCAAGAAUGUUGUCGAUGGAGAGCUCGAGGGUACAGAACCAAAGGUCGUAGAGCUUAUCAAAGAGGAAUUCGCAAAAUUGUGA